GAUUAGAGAAACCCGUCCUCUAUAGUGGUAGAAGAAGAACCAGACUCUCCUACCCCCAUAAAUUUGUGGAGAAAGUAGAAGAAAAUCCUUGUUUCUCCCCAACACCCAACCUAACAAAACACCUAUUUAUACUCUAGCCCAAAGUUUAGAUAUUCAUUCAUUAGUUUCCAAAAUUUCAUUACAAUAUAAGAGAUGCUGACGGCGCUUGCCCCUUAUCCUUCUUCCACAUUCCGACCAACAUCCAUUCGCUGCGCCAACGACCGCCAGGCGCUCUUUAACCGCAUCGCUCCUGUCUAUGAUAAUCUGAAUGAUUUGCUGAGCUUGGGCCAGCACCGGAUUUGGAAGCGAAUGGCAGUUUCCUGGACUGGAGCAAAAAUGGGUGAUCGUGUGUUGGAUGUAUGCUGUGGAAGUGGCGAUUUAGCAUUUCUCUUGUCCAACAAUGUUUCCUCCCAUGGCAAGGUGAUUGGUCUUGAUUUCUCAAAGGAACAGCUAAUGGUUGCCGAAUCACGGUCGUCUUCAAAGAGCUGCUUCAAGAAUAUCGAGUGGGUUCAAGGGGAUGCUCUUGACUUGCCAUUUGAUGAUGGUUGGUUUGAUGCAAUCACUAUGGGAUAUGGUCUUCGAAAUGUUGUUGAUAAGCGUAAAGCCAUGCAGGAAAUUUUACGUGUACUAAAGCCCGGUUCUACAGUGUCUAUCCUUGACUUCAAUAAAAGCAAUGAGCUGCUAACUUCUUCAAUUACGGAAUGGAUGAUUGACAAUGUUGUUGUUCCUGUAGCCUCUGUUUAUGGCCUUUCGGAAGACUACAAAUAUCUCAAGAGUUCCAUAAGAGAAUUUUUAACAGGGAAGGAAUUGGAGAAACUUGCUUUAGAAGUAGGAUUUUCGACUGCCCGACAUUAUGAGAUCGGUGGAGGACUCAUGGGGUGCUUGGUAGCUAAACAUUAGAUGAGAUUUAGGGGUCAUCUUUGUGUAUCAAUAGAUUCCCACGUCCCAUCUUUUUUCUGGUGUGGACUGUGUUCGGGCUGUAUAAAUAUAAUUUAUAAACUCUGCAGUUAAUUCAAAUGCAUUAUUAACUAACAAAUCACAGUUCUUUUAGUGCCAAACAUUCUACUGUUAAUUAAUUAUAUUUGCAAAGUUUGAAGGAAAUGCUCUCCAAUCAUGUUUUCAUAUUACUAAGUUUCUUUCUUAAAUAACGGUGCUGUCAUGAAUGUUCAAAAUUCCGAACUAGUAACUAAAUUAUGUAGUAAAUGUGUAUCAUGGAACUAUACAGUUUACAUUAUUUUCUUUCCAUAAUUGUAUUAGAAAGUUUGCUUUAACAACUAACAUCUCCUUUUGCCUGAAGUAUACAUUUGAAAAAGUAACUGAUCCGAUGCAUUUUUAGCAACCAUCAGUGUUGUAGUUCCUAGCUAAAGCCAAUUUACUUGCGGCGUCAUAGACUUGCUGUGUGCAGUGGUUUUAUCUGCAUUUUCACGGUCAUCUAGGAUAGAAAGAGCUAUGAGACAUAGUAGCAAUUGAAUCAGUUGCAUUGGGGAGGUAAAACGGGUCACCACUUGUGUCAUGGAGUUCCAUAGUACUCUCAUCUAGGAAGGGCGGAUUCGAGGGAGCUACAAGAGGCUCUUCACUCUUGGUUAGCAUCUGUAAUGCCUUUGACAUAGUUGGUCGUAAUGAAGGGACUUCUUGAGUGCAUAGAAGUCCUAUGUGAACCACUCUUAAAAGCUCAUUCUUAACAUCACUAUUGUGAUCAUCGCGCAACUCUAUAUUUGGAUCAAAUAGUUGUUCGGAAGCCCCAGACUGAAAAUGCUUCCAUGCCUGAUGUUGCAAGAAUGAAUGUCAGACAAAAGAUAGAGAAAGAGUUCUGUAGUUGAACAACAAUCAGAACAAAAACAGCAAAGGAAUCUGCAACUGACCACUAUAACUAAGCUGUCUGAAUAUUCUGAUGCUUUGCUCCUGUUGUUCUGUCUUCCAGUAACUAUCUCUAGCAGCAACACUCCGAAACUAUAUACGUCCGCUUUUUCUGUUAAUUGACCGUGAGCUAGAUACUCUGGAGCCAUAUACCCCCUGCAGGUCCAGGAAUAAACUAAACUAGUACAUGACUUUUUCAUAUAUAAUACAUUGUUCUUUUUUUGCAACAGUAGUUUUCUUUUUGAGUCUUAUUUUGAUUUUUUUCUUCAAAACUUUUAGUAUUUACCGAAAAACACAAUACUUACAAAGUUCCUGCAAUAGCUGUACUUAUGUGGCUUUUGUCUUCUUGAAAGGACCUGGCCAAACCAAAAUCUGCAAUUUUAGCUCGAAGCUUUGAAUCCAAUAGGAUGUUGCUGGCUUUUAUAUCUCUAUGAAUUAUCCUGAUUUUGGAGUUCUCAUGCAGGUAAACUAAUCCUUCAGCUGUCCCGACAAUUAUUUCAUAUCUCUUUUCCCAUUUUAGUUCUCUUCCCUUGUUUUUAUC